CCGUGAUGAUAUCAUGACUCUGUAGCCCUGCAGCUUGGGGUUUAGAGAGAUUGAGCCAUCGAGUUACAGAGCGGGGGAGAAGGCUAUCCAGUCUCCCAGCUGCAUGCUCUCUAAUAACCAAAGCCCCGGAGAAGAGAGGAGAGGGAGAGGGAGGGGGACUCAAUAGGGAGGCAAUGAAACGGACUCAUCCGCGUAACUAGACACUACCAGUCCAGUUCAGUGUUCAGAGCAUGCGAGAGCGUAGCUCGACCAACCGCAUUCAGUUAUAUCUACAAAGGAAUAGAGAGGGAUACAAUUGAAGUGUUCCAGCCCAGGGAGUCGGCGAGGAAAGGAGCAAGACAUAGGCUACUGGCGGCUUUCGAUCGUCACGGGCAUAUUACACCCCGUGUCCAGAAUUUACGGCCAUUCUUGGCACCAGCCUGUUGUACAAAAUUGCGGAUUUAUAAUUGAGUGAAUUCGGGGAUAGUCAUCGACAGUCCUAUCCUUCACAAUGAAGAAAAACAAUUCAGCUAAACGGGGCCCGCAGGACACAAACCAGCACAACACGCAGCCAGACAAAAUCGGUUGGAUUCGCAAGUUCUGUGGCAAAGGGAUAUUUAGGGAGAUCUGGAAAAAUCGUUUCGUAAUACUGAAAGAGGACCAGCUUUACAUCUCAGAGAAAGAGGUGAAGGAUGAGAAGAAGAUCCAGGAGGUGGUUGACCUGACGGAUUACGAGCGUUCUGAGGAGCUCCGCAAGGCCAAGAGCCGCAGCAAGAAGAACCACAGCAAGUUCACCCUGCUGCGCUGCAGAACCCCAGGCAACACGGUCCCUAACCUGGUGUUCCUGGCUGUUAGUCCAGAGGAGAAGGAGUCCUGGAUAAACGCCUUAAAUGGAGCAAUCACCAGAUCCAAGAACAGCAUCCUGGAUGAGGUCAUGGUUGAGGAUGAAAACCUUCUGUCCCAUCUCACACGGGACAGGGCUAAGAUCCCUCACACACGGCGCCUGCCUACACGAGGACACAUCAUGGCUGUGGCCUCCACUUCUACCUCUGACGGCAUGUUGACCCUUGACCUGAUCCAGGAGGAGGACAGCCCCAGCACAGACAGCCAGGACACCUGUGACAAGAGCUUCCGGGCCAACCUGGACAAAUCCACUCAGCUCGACUGCCUCAGGUCCAAAACAGAGGGUGCCAUCAGUAGCAUCUGUCUAACGCCUCCCACAGAGGUCACUGGGAAGUCCCAGAGCCUGCCGCGCGAUACCGGGGUCACCUGGGACGAUAAACAGCAACUUCAGAGCCCGAUGGGGAAGUCCUGCACUCCUCAGCCAGGCAAGAGGCUCACACCGGCCGAGAAAAGCCGCUGCGCCUCCAUGGACGAGAUCCUCUCACACUCCGGGACACAGGCCACCAAACCCAGGACAUCCAUCCCCCGCUCUGCCACCUCUGCCCCCCCGGGCAACCUGCCGCCCAUCAGCCAGCUGCAGGACCUAAUCGCUCAGAAGCUGGAGAGAACUCAGGAGCUGCUGAUGCAGGUGCAGGGGGCGAAGGGGGAGGAGGUAGAGCGGGGGAAGGGGAAAGGGAAGGACUCGCCAGGUUCCAAGGGCUCCAAGGGUUCCUCGGACGGGGCCCGGGCGGAGGCAGAGAGGCUGCUGAAGGAGGCAGCGUCCACAUGGGGUCAGGCCAAGGAUGUUCUAGAGGAGGUGAAGGAGCUGAGGGCGCUCUACCGUCAGCUGGACUCGCUGCCCACCACCCAUGCCUCCCUCUCACCCCUCACACCCUCCAACAGCUGCAAGCAGACUGACUACAGGAAGAGCAUGAUGUGACCGUCAGAGAACUCAACACAGACUGGACUAUGAAUCCCUGAGCAAAAAAACAACUCAACAUGCAAAGCCACAAUAUUGUUAAAUAUGUCUGUUUCUCUCCUUCUGUGUUCUUUCACUUUAUUGAUGCUGUGACAAAGUGAGGCCAUUCAGUUGCCCAACGACGUCCCCUGUGCUUGACCACUGUGCCCUUAGAUGUCUGCUUGAUGAAGGGUGCGGGGGGCAAAGGGAAGGGGCCAAUCUAGGGACUCAGGUACAUGUUGACCAGGGAGUCUCUCUGUAUUGACCUGCUGAUGAAAGACCUUGUGAUGCUGCAGUGUUGUUUUCCUCCGCGUUGGUUGUCAAAGAGGGGAUGUUGCAAGGUUUGGGCGGGAAUCAGAAGGGCUCUGCUCUCCAGGGACAGACACACAGUGGUUGAGGAUGACUCAGGUUACAGGAAGGAAACAUGGUGUCCAGACCAGCCCGUAUGUUGGGAAUGUCAAUGUUUUCCUUUUUCUGUUACACAACACACUGGAAGGUUGGUCUGAGCCAGAUUCCCAACGAACACCAAUCUAAAAACCAACAGCAGCCCACCGUACAGUACAGCAUUCUCCCUCCCUCCCUCUGCUGCUCUGGGAAUGGAGCUCAGUGGACUCUUCAUCUCUGCUGGUCCAUUAUGAUUCACAGGGACAAGGGGAACCAGUUCACAUAGUCAGAACUAACUGGUGUUCCAUAGGGUGUUUCUGUCUGUUCCAUGAGCCAUAUGAUACAGUCAAAAUGGAGGACGUCUGUCUGGGUUGUGUUGUUACUAGAUGGUACAUACUAGGACAGGGCUGUUCCUUUCCUGUAGGCCGACAGCCAGUUGUCUUCAGCCAGUUGCCACUGCAGCCAUUGAUUCUCAUGCUGCUGUAGAGCCAUGGAGCCGGGAUGGCAUCUGUGUGUGUCUGGUGUGAGUGGUGAUGAUCAUGCUACUGUAGAGCCAUGGAGCCGGGAUGGCGUCUGUGUGUGUCUGGUGGGAGUGGUGAUGAUCAUGCUACUGUAGAGCCAUGGAGCCGGGAUGGCGUCUGUGUGUGUCUGGUGGGAUUGGUAAUGAUCAUGCUACUGUAGAGCCAUGGAGUCGGGAUGGCGUCUGUGUGUGUCUGGUGGGAUUGGUGAUGAUCAUGCUACUGUAGAGCCAUGGAACCGGGAUGGCGUCUGUGUGUGUCUGGUGGGAGUGGUGAUGAUCAUGCUACUGUAGAGCCAUGGAGCCGGGAUGGCGUCUGUGUGUGUCUGGUGUGAGUGAUGAUUAUCAUGCUACUGUAGAGCCAUGGAGCCGGGAUGGCGUCUGUGUGUGUCUGGUGGGAGUGGUGAUGAUCAUGCUACUGUAGAGCCAUGGAGCCGGGAUGGCGUCUGUGUGUGUCUGGUGUGAGUGGUGAUGAUCAUGCUACUGUAGAGCCAUGGAGCCGGGAUGGCGUCUGUGUGUGUCUGGUGUGAGUGGUGAUUAUCAUGCUACUGUAGAGCCAUGGAGCCGGGAUGGCGUCUGUGUGUGUCUGAUAUGAGUGGGAGGCAUGACAUAGAGGUCAGAUGCAGUACUGAGGAGAGGAACCACUUGUAAGUGAUUUGCUAAAAUAGUAAUAAUAACAGAAUUGCACUAUGAAGGAAGGCUGUAAAACAAGAGGAUGAAACUGGUGGGUGAAAACUGGAGAGAACAGAUGUGUCUAAUAUGGCUUUUCAUUCUGUUCUACGUAUUUGUUACGACAAUCUAGUGUUUGUAGAAACAUACAGGCUGCAUAGUUCCAAUGCCUUGAUACCUAAGACAGUCGCUCAACUCGCUACUCUUUGAAAAUCCGAGCUUCUCAAAGGUACAAUGUGUGUAAACAAUGCUGUUGAUGAACGCAUCCCUCCGGCUAGCAGCGGCCAAUGGACUACGUCGCCUGAUCAAAACAUCCAGUGCGUCUCUCCAGAGCACCCCGUCUUGUUUUAUAGUCAGCAGCUACAUAUGUUAUGUGUUUGCACAGUGCUGUGGAAAUGGUUCGCUCUGGACUGUCAGACAGACAACAAAAACAGUGUUAUGAUUAUGUUGUUAUCAUUGUUUGUGUUUUUUAUUUGUUUAAAAUGCUUUUAUAGGAUGAUUUAAGGCACGCUUUAGAGAAAAAAAUGGCCGGGGCAUUCUAGAACGUUCAGGCUCUUAGAAUGCUCAACUGGAAACUCUGCAUAUUGUAGUGUUACUCUGUUUGUUUAACCAGCAACCACAACCCAAUAACACAAGUCAAAAAUCAUUAACGUUGAAGUUGAAGUUGGAUAUGGACAUAAAAGAGGGUGAGGUGAGAAAGGUAUGUUAGAAAGAACACAACAGGAAACAUUGAACUGAGUAGGCCAGAAACAAUAUUUUUAGUAGUACGUCUAUUAUUGUUGUUGUUAUUUCGUUUUAUCUGGGAUGAAGUACUAUCUUGUGUGAGGCUGAACACAAAACCUUACGUUUGUGCAAUCCUGAAAAGAUUGAUAUGACCGCCGAUGCACUGUACAUACUCGGAGCAGUUUGAAUCAUCUCAAAGGAUGUUGCUGUAUUUUCUUAUUGCGUUGCAUUAUGAUGGAGACGGAAGUGGCUUUGCUUUGCAAUGAAGUUCAUCACUUCUGGACUGUCAAAGUACUUGAGACAUAACCACUUGUGCAAUUAUAACAAUCAGCCUAAUUCAGACAACCAGUGUUCUACAUUGAAUGUUUGCUUUUUUAAGUCAAAACCUAGCCGAGAAUUGUAAUAAAAUGAUUUUUGUAUGUCCAUUCAGAAGAAUACCCUACUGGAAUAUAGGGCUGGUUUUCAUAGGAAAUGCUGAGGUAGGAAGUGAUUGAUCCAAGCAUUGUUUUUGUGGCAGCAAUAACACCAUCUUCAAGCUAUGCCAAAGAUAAUAUGGCUGUACAAGGAAAUACAAUUAUUCCCAUUGAAAUACUUUGAUCAUGUAAAUAAGGAUGUUUCAUAUUUUCUAGUUGACAAUGUGAAUGUCAGCCUACUUGUUCUGACAACCAUACCACAUGUUGUGUGAAAUGGAUGGUCACACCAACUCCAACCUUAAUAAUCCAUCAAACACCAAGUCAAUUUACCCUCUUCUACAGCUGGCAAUGCAUUCUGGGAUAUAAUAAUAUAUGCCAUUUGGCAAACAGUUUUUAUGUAUGGGUGGCCCCUGGAACCGAACCCUCAGGUAUGGCAGUACAAGCACCAUGCUCUACCACCUGAGCCAUACAGGACCAGGAUACAGGAUCUGUGGCCACAAGUUGUGAAAUCCAGCCAAUAUUGGCCACACAUGGUCACACACAAACGCAUAACAUUCAAUCAAGACUGUUUUCUUAUUUCUGUAAGGUGAAAUGUCUUCCUUCGUUUAAUGUAUGACAUGUUAUGUUGUCAUAUUUUCAGUUUCCUUUCCAAUUUUGUUCACCAAAUGUGGGUCUGGCACCAAAACAGUAGCUACCGCAGCCUUAAAUACCAAGAGGAAUGUAGGAAAGUUACUCAGCAACUACAAUGAUUGUCCCUCAGCUAUUUACAAAAUCCUAAUUCUUGUGCAUUAUGGAUGAGAUGAAGAUUGUACCAUAGGAAUACAAUAGCAGAGUACGAGCUAGGUGGAUUACUAGAUGGGAAUGGAGAAGGCAUUGUACACAGACUCAGAGGUUUAAAUCCUGCUCCCUCAGGGUUCCAUUUUAAUAAAUUGUGCUAAACAAAA